GCCGCUCCCCGCGAGUCUGCACUGCAAUUUCUUUCGCGAGGUUUUGCUAGAGAGAGAGAGAGAGAUACUGAACGAUGUCUUGAGGACUAUGGUGAACGCGGAGAGGAGAGGGAAGGCGAUGGUGGAGCUGCGACCCAUUUCCAAUGUGGGCUCUUCUUUUCUCGGCAUCAUGAAGGACCGAGGAUAUGGGAAGAGUUUUCAAGUUCAUGAUCCCCACAGGGUGGGGAGGAUAACUGUUGAACUGCAAGGACGAAUAAAAGAUUGCAAAGCUCUCACUUACCGGCAAGAUGUCAAGGCUAGAGAUAUUGAGCAGUAUAGAUUGAAAAUCCUUCCAACACGUCAGUGGGGUUAUGUUGUUAUCACAACACCUGAUGGCCUUCUGGACCAUGAAGAAGCCACUAGAAGGAACGUGGGAGGCCAAGUUAUUGGGUAUUUUCAUUAGCCAUAAUGUUCUCUCCAAAUACAAGAUGGAUAAUGCUGAUGGGCAAUAAGGCAAAGAUGUACAAUCUGUCUCCCUACACUGAUGAACUCGAUUCAACCUUCAAAUUGCUGUUGUUUAGAUAUGAUGAAUGACCAUGGUUUCUCAUUGUCUUAAA